CCGCCCUUUGAAGCUGAAUUUUCCGAGAUCCUUCUGUGCAAGAAUGAGCUCAACGAGACCCUGAACAACCUGUCCCACUGGAGCAAGGAUGAGCACGUGGAGAAGAAUAUGGUGAUGCAGCUGGACUCUGUCUUCAUCCGCAAGGAUCCGUAUGGGGUGGUGCUCAUCAUCGCACCCUGGAACUACCCCAUCCACCUUGUCCUGGUGCCCCUCAUCGGGGCCAUCGCUGCCGGUAACUGUGUCGUUGUCAAACCCUCGGAGAUGACCAAGAACUCACAGAGACUUGUGGCUGAAGUGCUGCCCAGCUACCUGGACAAGNNNNGCUUGGCCGUGGUGCCCGCCGGCGUGCCGGAGACCACCAGACUGCUGGAGAACAAAUUCGACUACAUCUUCUUCACCGGCAGCCCCUCUGCGGGGAGGCUCGUCGUGGAGAUGCAGAAGAAGCUGCUGCCCGCCCUGCGCGAGGCCAUCACGGAGUUUUAUGGCUCCGACCCUCAGGAAUCCCCCGAUUUCGGCCGCAUCGUGGGGGAGAAGCGGUUCUAUCACAUGCAGAGACUGCUGCACAGUGGACACGUGGAAAUCGGAGGGGAGACGGACGAGUACGACUGCUACAUCGCUCCCAGCGUGCUGGUGGACGUGCUGCCCUCCGAUCCUAUCAUGCAGGAGGAGAUCUUCGGGCCCAUCUUGCCCAUCGUCCACGUGGCCAACGUGGACGAAGCCAUUGAGUUCAUCAACAGCCGCGAGCGGCCGCUGGUUGUGUAUGCCUUCUCCUCCAACGACAAGGUGGUGAACCAGGUGCUGGAGAGGACGAGCAGCGGCGGCUUCUGCGGCAACGACACCCUGAUGCACGUGACGUUGACCUCGCUGCCCUUCGGCGGGAUCGGGAACAGCGGUUUGGGGACGUACCACGGCAAGUUCACCUUCGACACCUUCACCCACCGCCGCCGCUGCGUGCACCGCAGCAUGGGCCGGGAGGCCCUCAACGCCCUGCGCUACCCACCCUACAACCAGCAGAAGCUGGGGAUCGUUCGGGCCACCUCCGAGGUGAAGCGCAAGGGAGCCUGCACCCUGCUCUGA